AUAUUUUUUAUUAGUUGUUCGCUUUUAUUUCUGCAGACAUGAUGAGAAACCUCAUUCCGGAACUAGUUUCUGCUCCUAUAUCAGCUCUAGAGGUGCAGGGAAGUCAUAUUUUAUCAGGGGAGACGUCUUAUCUUCAUAUUUACAACUUGAAUACAGGAAAUCAUUUGCAUCAAUUACACGUCUUGGGACCUCACAUCAUCCAUGGCAUUUGUAAAGGUAAAGAUGGUGUUUGUGCAGUGUUUGGACAGAAAGCAGUUUGCAUUAUCCAUCUAGACUUGGAGGAGAACAUCAGGAUCAAGACACUUUGUGACACUACGGAGUUUCCAGAUUGGAUCUUAGAUGUGUCUUUCCUGUCGCAUGAGACGUCUUCAAACUGUCUUGGUAUUGUCUUGGCUCAUAAUUCCGUCAUGCUCUGGGAUUGGAAGCUCAAAGUCUGCAUAGAACACGUCCAUUGUGCUGAAAACUGUAUUCUUUACUCAGCUAAGAUUCUUGGUGACACAUGGCAAGGUAUGACGGUGUGUGCUGGUACAGUGUUUAAUCAGAUUGUAUUAUGGACACCAAGAGAGGAGAAGGAUUCUAUGGGAAGAGUACAGGUCUCUGGAAGGCUGAGUGGACAUGAGGGUGUAAUAUUCAACAUGAGUUAUCAUCAUAAACGUAAUCUCCUUUGCUCUGUGUCCGAUGAUCGCAGCAUCCGCCUGUGGCGUCUGGAUCUUGAAAGCACCCCUAGGUUACAAAGUGAUGAUGCCCAAAAGGUGUUGUAUGGUCAUAGCGCAAGGGUGUGGGAUGCUAAGAUACUGGAUGAUACCAUUGUCAGUGUAGGGGAGGACGCAGUCUGCUGUGUAUGGAAUAAUGACGGUGAUAUUAUCCACAGAUUUAGUAGUCAUAAGGGAAGAAGUAUAUGGAGCCUUGCUGUCCAUGAAGACCAGAAAACUAUUGUGACUGGUGGUGGGGAUAGCAGUAUACGUAUGUGGUCCAUCGCAAGUGAACAAGAGCAAUGUAUAAAAACGGAGGAAUUGGAUCUUGUGAGAGAAGCUCAGCUCCUACUGAGUAAGAGCAGCACGAAUGAUGAGUUUAAUGAUGCGGACAAACUCGUUCCUAGACAACUCGCUGUACUCAACUCGGGAAAGAUAAUCAUCAUGACGUUAAAUGGCUGUUUAUUAAGCUUUACUCUACAUAGUAAGGAAUGGCGGUUACUUUCUCAAGAUGUAAACUACCAAUCCUACAGCAUUCUUACUGUCAGUCCAUCUCAUCAAAUAGCUGCAAUAGCAAAUAUACACGGCAACGUCAAAGUUAUAGCACUCGACUCUGGGCAUACUCUUGUUGAGGAGGCCAUUUUCUCAGGAAAGAUGUUGAAUUUAUGUUGGAUGGAUGAAGACAAUCUGUUUGCAUCAGGUCCUGACGGAUUAGUGUUCUGGUUGAAGCUGAGCAGAUCAUCCGACCGAUUCAGUCUCGGCAAACACACCUCAUUCAAACUACCUGAAGCCCAGCAACGAUGGUUAACAACCAUCGCCCUUAUUCCACACCAAGAGGGCGCUGUUGUCUGCGGAGACCGUAGGGGAUCUGUUCUCCUGUACAGCCAGCUGCAACGAGGAAAAGGGGAAGAGGACUUGGAGCCAGCUGGUCCAGCACACUGUCUUCUCGGGGUACACGGUAAGGCUGGUGUAACUCAUGUUUGCCACCAUGCUGGAUAUGUGUACAGCUCGGGUAGAGACGGCACAUACAGACAGUAUGGGAUACAGGGGACAAGACUUCAAAUGCUGAACACAUUCAAGGUUUACAAAGGCUUCAAUUGGAUUGAGAGUAUAGCAUUUACAUCAUCUGAUGACAUUUUGGUAUCGGGUUUCCAUUCUUCAUCAUUCCUUAUCUGGAGUACACAGAGUAGUGAGAAGUUGGUUGAGAUUCAAUGCGGCGGUGGUCACAGAGCUUGGGGUUUUGCCACUUGUAUCCCCACCCCAGGGGGUACAUCCCCCACCGUAGGGGACAGGUCGAUGGAGGUAGAUGCAACUGGAGGUGCCCAGGCUGUCUUUGCUUGUAUCAAGGCGAAGAAAGUGAUUGUGUGUACAGCACCAGCGCAGAAGCUUCAGCAACAUCCAAUACUAAAGGAGAGUUUGCAUGGACGGAAAGUGAGUUGCAUCAAACAUCUAGCUACUGUAGCAGUACCUGAGGGUGAUUGUGCAUUGGUUGCCUCAGGAAGUGAAGACAAUGCUGUGAAUAUUUCUCUUGUCAUCUUUCCUCCAAGUAACCCUUCAACGAUUCACGUCUUACACCGUCUAAACGUUCACAUUUCAAGCGUACGCUGUCUUGCCACGUGUCCCUCUUCAUAUGAGGUCAUUGACCAAGGAGAGGUCACAGAAGGUCAUGACCCAGGUCAAAGGUUACUGUUGUUCUCAGUUGGAGGGAGGCGAACCAUACAGUGUUGGAGAGUGCGAAUCCCUUCAGAGUGCUUCGUGAAGGAUCAGAUUCACAAGUGGAUGAAAUCAGCUUGCACAGUUGAGCAUCUCGCUUCCUAUGGAAACACGGACAAUGUCAAACAACGCCGUUGGCUCAAGAAACACGGUCAGCCAAUAGAUGCAGAGACACGAUUUAUGUCAGUUUGUGUGUGGAAGGAAAGUGAGGUUGAACUCCCAAAGACUGAUGGCAGAAAGAUUGACUGUUUGUUAGGCGUGGGAGGAUCGGAUGCUGUUUUUAGGGUAUUCACCUUCAGUGAGGAUUCCAAAGUGCUGCGUCCACUCCUCUCAACAGACUGCCAUCAAGGUUGUCUUCUUACCACAGUCAGCAUUGUACAUCGCUGCCCAUGGGGCACUGUCCCCAUCCUCCUUACUGCAGGAACCAAUGGGAAGAUUGCCUUGUGGGGUAUUCAGAAAGCAAUCAAGGAAUGUGGUAAAGAUGUCAGAAGGGAGCGUUUGAGCAACGAGGAAGGAGGAUUUUCAAAUUAUGAAACCAAAAUGGAUUCAGAUGUUUGUUUGGUGUCGGAAGCAUCCAUCAGUAACCGUGGCGACGAUCACAUGGAAACGAUCACAACGGAAUUAUCACCAAGCCAGGAAGGGGUUCUAAACUCGGAAUUAAAACCAAAGUCACAAAACUUUGAGACAAACGAAAAGUCACUUUCAUUGCACCACCAAGCGAGGGAGCAACCACAGUCAGCGCCAUCAUCAACUCUAGAUGAAUCUAGCGUUCUUCAAGAGGAGUGUGAUGCAUUAUGGGAUAGCAAUGACGACAUUGGUAGACUAUUACUCUCCGUGUCGGCCCAUCAGUCAGGGGUCAACGCGCUUUGUAUCAAUCAAAUUGACGAUGAUCAUUAUAUCAUGGUUAGUGGUGGUGAUGAUAAUGCUAUUCAUCUUGCCUUGAUAUCAGUAUCCUCCAGUCAAUCAGAUAAACUCAUCACAUUAAGAUUAGAAAGUUCCUACACUGUCAGUCAGUCGCAUGCUGCCCAGGUCACAGGUCUGUGUUUUAUUGACCGAUUUACAAUGGUUUCUUCUUCGAUUGACCAGAGAAUGAUCGUACGGAAGGUUGAUCUCACAGCCAACGACACGCCCACUUUUGAGGUAAUGCAGAUCUGCAGCUCGUUUAUCAUGAUAGCUGAUUGCUGUGAUAUGACCCUCUCCACAUUAAGGGACGCUGACCAUUGUAUUGCAGUGUGUGGCCAGGGAGUACAGGUACUACGCCUGAAGGAGCAUUAAAAGUCCAGUCAACUCAACAUGCUUUGAAUCAAGUCUGUUUCUAUGGCAACUCUCAAGUAAAAUACAUACAUAACCUAUGUUAAUUUUAUCUUCCCUGGAGUUUGGGGCAGUGAGACUUUGUGAGACUUGUAAGUGGAAGAGCUAGUCUUUUUUAUGAUAAAGGAGACGUGUUUCCACAGGAAAUGUUACUGGCUGAGUAACGCUUCUUAAAGGGAAGGUACACGUUUGGUAAUUACUCAAAACAAAUAUUAACUUAAAAACUGACUUGGUAACGAGCA